UCCAUGGUUCAUGGGGUGGAGUUGGAGGUGGCAAAGAAUGCUGGCACUGUCACACUCAAUCAUUUUUCGAGAGUACUUUCUUUUGUUGGACUGCGCAUUGCUUCAGAGGAGUUUCUUCUACUACUUAAGAAGUUCUUGAAAAGUGGUUAUACAGUGAAUUACAUUGCAUUUGUUAAUGCAAUUGAAAAUAUAAUCCUAGACCUUGAGAAACAUGGAGAGCUUGAAGCAUUAGGGAAAUCAGCCCAGUAUCCUGGCCGUUAUCUGUCAGCUGAGAUGCUAAAAUUACCACGACCUGAGUUGGGAAAAGUUAGCUACCCUGCCCAAGCAACACACACUGCAUUGACAACCUACCCACCAGAUGAAAGUGCAGAUCAGCUAGUCAGACGGUUGCAGCAUCAUGUAUUGAGUGAAGGAAUUAGAACUCGUGAAGUUUUCACAGACAAGGAUCCUCAUAAAACUGGUCGUGUGACACGAGAACAAUUUCGAUGUGCUCUGGAUAUGCUGGGAGUUGCAGGAACACAACGACUAUUUAUGUCUGAGACUGAGAUCCAUUCACUAGCUGAUGCUUAUAUAGAUCCAGAUAAUGAGUCAUACAUUUGCUGGGAUAGAUUUGUGAAUGAUAUUGAUAAAGUAUUUACAGUUCAUGGGCUUGAAAAAUUUCCCUGCUUGCGUGUGGAGGUGCCUCCAAAUGGCGUUCGUGAUGUUCCACGGAGGGGCGCUGUACAGCCUGGGACACCUCUUCCUAAACUUUGUCAGGAUGCACUGGAUAAUAUUAAAAUCCAGCUCAAAGAACUUAGUUGUCAGCUCCGUCCUGGAUUCAGCAACUACGACAAACGCAGGUGUGGUCAUGUUAGUCCAGAACAAUUUCGACAAGCCUUGCAAGUGGCUGGACUGGAUGUUCCUGGAGAUCAGCAAACUUGCUUACUGCAGUACUUUAGUGAUGACAUGGGAUUCAAUUAUCAAUCCUUUCUUCAAGCUGUUGAACCUCUGGAUAAUCCACCAUUGUAUGAGAAAUAUUUGGAACAAGUGAAAAGAAUUAAUGCUCCGAGACCAGGAAGAAAACCUUCCUCUCAGGAGACAAACAUAGUUGAAAUAAUGGCAAAAAUGAAAUCAAAGGUUGUCAAAAAUCGGAUGAGAAUUAUAGAAUUUCUGAGGAACUUUGAUCGCCACAAUCAACAAUGUAUCUCAAAGGCAAACUUUGCUCGGGGUUUGGAUCCAUUAGGAUUGCAACUUACUCCAACAGAAGUUGAAACACUUGCUGAAGUAUUUGCAAGCCCUAAGCAACCAGGAUUUGUAGAGUAUCUUCGUCUGGUUGAAGCAGUUGAAGAAGCUGUUACACAGGCAGGACUUCAAAGAGCACCUACAAUUACUCCAAUACAGCAUCUGGCAAUUAAUGAUGGUGAUCACAAUUUCCUAAAUUUUGAGGAACGGCAGAUGGUUAAACGUGUUCUUGAGCGGCUGGCAAGGCAUAAUGAAUACAACUUUAUUUCAGCUUUUAAGGACUGGGAUCCUACAAACAUUGGGACAAUUUCAAAAGAGCAGCUAUUCAAAGUUUUUUCAGUACUGGGAAUUGCUUCAUCAUUUUCUGGUCAAGAAAUUGACAUUCUAACCAAGUGUUUUGGUGUUGAACGUGGCCUCCGAUUAGAAGUUGACUACAGAGCACUGUGUCAUGUGCUUGACAUUUUACAUAAUACGAGCAGAGCACAUGCCGCCUAAGAACUCUAGAGAAGUUAGCAUUCAUUGAUUUAAGCUAUGAUCCAUCAUUUUCAGUGCUUAAUCUUCAGUGUAAAAUACAUGU